UGCUCACCAAUACGUGUCCGUCGGCUACGUGAAAUCCCGCUCCCCGCUUCCCGUUUUGCCACGGGAGCAGGCGGCGGAGCUUCAGUAGUGAAAGCAGCGGCUGUCUCCGCUCAGCUCAGACAUGGGGGAAAUCAUCCUGCCGAGGCGCAUGUUUCUGUGGUGCAUGGCGGUCAUUUAUCUGACUGCUUUUGUUUCCCUCUAUGUGCAGAUACCAGGUCUCUAUGGUAAUGAGGGGCUGCUGCCUGCUCGUCAGCAGCUGCGGUACAGCGGUAAACCUCUCAUCGAUCAGCUGCUGUCCUCUCCCACCCUGCUGUGGCUGGGACCGAAGCUCGGCUUGGACACGCACACGGCUAUGGAGCUGCUGUGUCUUACAGGGGCGGCGCUGAGCCUCACCGCCGUGCUGGUGGAGGCUUUCCGAGACAGCGUGGUGUUUUUCUGCCUCUGGGCCUUGUACCUGUCCAUGUACCAGGUGGGCCAAGUAUUUCUCUACUUCCAGUGGGACAACUUGCUUCUGGAGACCGGGUUCCUCUGCAUCCUUGUAGCUCCACUGACAUUGAUCAGAGGGUCCAGAGGGGUCAGGGAGCACGAUCGAGUGACCUUCUGGUUGAUCCGCUGGUUGCUCUUCAGGCUCAUGUUUGCCUCUGGUGUGGUGAAACUCACUUCACGUUGUCCAACAUGGUGGGGCCUUACCGCUCUGACAUACCACUAUGAGACUCAGUGUAUUCCCACCCCGCUGGCCUGGUUUGCCCACCAGUUGCCAGUGUGGUGGCAGAAACUGAGUGUGGCUGGGACCUUCGUCAUAGAAAUCGCUGCAGCCCCGCUUUUCUUCAGCCCCCUCCGCAGACUCCGACUUGGAGCUUUUUACUUGCAGGUGCUGCUUCAAGUGUUCAUCAUUUUGAGUGGCAACUACAAUUUCUUCAACCUGCUGACUUUGACCCUCUGUCUGUCGCUUCUGGAUGACCAGCAUGUACGCUUCUGGCUACGCAAGGCAGACAGCGUCAGCAGCAAAGACUCUAAGCUGUGGUCAUGGCUGUGUUACCUGCUGGAACUGGCAGUCUGGGCACUCAUGAUCUUUGGAGCAAUUGUGUGCUUUGACCUGCAGCUGGAUACAACGAAGAGCAGCAUCUCCUCCAGGACAGCAUUCACAUACCACCAGUUUAACCAGUUUCUGAAGAGUGUCACUAUCCCCUGUGUCUGGAUUGGCGUCCUCUCUCUCACCUGGGAGAUGGUCACAUCCAUGUUCAGGUGUGCAUGUGUCUCUGGGUUCCUGAAAAGGUUUUGUGGAACAGUCCAGUGGACUGUGUUUGGUGCUGCUGCCGCUGCUAUGUUCACUGUUAGUCUGGUGCCAUUCACCUACAUCGAGUAUGACUCUAAUGCCAGGUUAUGGCCGGGAGUGCGUCAGGCUUACGAGGUGGUGGAUCGCUACCAGCUGGUCAACUCGUACGGCCUGUUCAGAAGGAUGACCGGGGUCAGCGGGCGGCCAGAGGUUGUCAUCGAGGGGAGCAACGAUGGAGUGUCGUGGACUGAGAUUGAGUUCAUGUACAAGCCGGGAAAUCUAAGUGCACCUCCUUCGGUGGUGACACCUCACCAGCCCAGGUUGGACUGGCAAAUGUGGUUUGCUGCCCUGGGGACUCACACACAGGCUCCGUGGUUCACCAGCCUCAUGUACAGACUGCUGCAGGGCAAAAGAGACGUGGUAGAGUUGAUCCAGACAGAUGUGACUAAGUAUCCGUUCCACCAGCAGCCUCCUGCCUACCUCCGAGCUCACCGCUACAGAUACUGGUUUACAGAACCCAAGGCUGACGGUUCUUACCCACAGCGCUGGUGGAGGAGGGUCUACGAUGUAGAGUUCUAUCCCACAGUGCACCUGGGCAACACCUUCCUGGAGAGUAUGCUCAAACAGUAUGGACUCAAGGACAAAUUGCCCCAACGUCGAAUAUCCAACACCGCAGUUGCCCAGGCAGUCAGGUGGGUGCGCUCUCAGGUCAGAGGUGUUCCUGCCCCUACGCUAAUCUGGACCCUCCUCCUCUGCAGCACCACCAUCUGUCUGCUCCAGGGAUUGCGUAACAGGAAUAAAAACAUGACUGUGAGCGAACACAGAGAAAAUGUACCUGACUGCUCUUCAGACCGUUGUGGCAAGUCAAACAAACAGCAGACAGCAGAGGAAGAGGAAGAGGAAGAAGACAGAGACGGCAGCGAAGAUGAGGCGGAGGAAGGCGAAGGAGAAGAGAAAGAUGCCAUUGGUGAUGGCGAAGAGGAUGAGUCACAAGAGGAGGAAGAAGACAGGAAAGGAAAAGAUGAGAUUGUCCGAAAGGGGAAGCUUUGAAAAUCAAUGAGGUUAUCAGGGAGUAGGUUGUUUUCACCACCUGCCUUCAUAAAAUGUUAUCAAAACGACCAAAGAAGUUCUUCUGUGUAUAUUGAGUUUAUUUGCCUUCUCUCGCCUUCACCCAGCUGCAGCACACGCUGUCCCUGCAUCAGCUGUCUAAAUCAGAAACCACUUGCUUAGUUCAUCGCACCUUACCAGGUGUCUCUCCAGGUUUUAAAACCUCCCUGGUUGGUUUGGUGACGUCACGCUGAACAUUCAAAGAUCAGUCACGUGGAAAGUAGAGCGAAAAUUGGUUGUGUUUUCACCCAUCAAGAGUGUGCGUGUGUGUUGUUCAUGAUGCUCUUUGUCUCCUGUUUGUGGUGUGCCUUUCUGCACUUUUAUUUUUGUUACUGUGGUCUAUUGCUGUAUGUACAGAUCUAAAACAACUCUGCACUUUUUCCAUUUUCCACAAAUGUGUCUUUCGUUUCUGUCAGUGUUAGAAGAAAUGAAACAUCACACAAAUAAAUGUAGUACUUUUAAAAUUUUUUAUAACAUUAAAAUGCAACAAAAUUUAAAA